AUGGGCAUCAUCACCUGUGUGAACAACUACACUGGACUAUCAGAUUUCACCCUGGUGGGAUUCUUAAGUCAAUCCAAAGACCCUGUCCUGCUUGCUGUGCUCAUAUUUGUGGUUUUCCUGAUGGCCUUGUCUGGAAACGCCCUUCUGAUCCUGCUGAUACUCUCUGACACCCACCUCCACACACCCAUGUACUUUUUUAUCGGUCAGCUGUCCCUCAUGGACAUGAUGUACAUUUCUGUCACUGUGCCCAAGAUGCUCAUGGACCAGGUGCUGGGGAGCCACAAGAUCUCAGCUGCUGCCUGUGGGAUGCAGAUGUUCCUCUACCUGACACUAGCAGGUUCUGAAUGUUUGCUUCUGGCUGCCAUGUCCUAUGACCGCUAUGUGGCCAUCUGCCAUCCACUCCGGUAUCCUAUCCUCAUGAACCACAGGGUGUGUCUCCUUCUGUUGUCUGUCUGUUGGCUCCUGGGAUCCUUGGAUGGCUUCAUAUUCACCCCUGUCACCAUGACAUUCCCAUUCUGUGGAUCACGGAAGAUCUAUCACUUCUUCUGUGAGGUUCCUGCUGUGACAAAGCUCUCCUGCUCAGACACCUGGCUCUAUGAGACCUUCAUGUAUGUGUGCUGUGUGAUCAUGCUUCUCAUUCCUGUUACAGUCAUUUCAGGAUCCUACUUAUCCAUCCUCCUCACUGUUCUGAGGAUGAACUCAACAGAGGGCAGGAAGAAGGCUCUUGCCACCUGCUCCUCCCAUAUGAUGGUGGUCAUCCUCUUCUAUGGAGCUGCUGUCUAUAACUACAUGCUACCUAUCUCGUUCCACACCCCUGAGAAGAACAUGGUGGUGUCUGCAUUUUACACCAUACUCACACCUCUGUUGAACCCACUAAUCUACAGUUUUAGGAAUAAGAAUGUCAAUAAGGCUUUGAGUAAAUUGUUAGAUGUAAGCACCAUCUUCCAAAAAACUGUAAAGUAA